GAGCCGAGAGGACUAUACAGCUUCAUUCUUCACGACUUCUUAACGGACUCUGCUUUUUCUUUGCGGUGCCGCUGCGCGGAUUGAUUUAUUCCAUUGAAUUACCGGACCGGUCGUCACCAUGGUUCUCGCCUAUCCAGCAGGUGCAGCAACCGUGUCACUCCUCGUGAUAGGCGGCUAUAUGCUGUUUACCGGGGAUGGCGAAUCAUUUAACAUUGGCCAAUUCCUCGAAGAUGUGUCUCCAUACGCUUGGGCAAACAUUGGUAUUGGGAUGUGUAUAGGUUUAUCGGUGGUUGGCGCGGCAUGGGGUAUCUUCCUAACCGGCUCAUCGAUCGUUGGCGGAGGUGUCAAGGCGCCCAGAAUCCGGACAAAGAACCUGAUCUCAAUUAUUUUCUGCGAAGUCGUGGCUAUUUAUGGUGUGAUCAUGGCGAUUGUCUUCUCGUCGAAACUCAACCUCGUCACCGACGAGGAGAUCUUCUCUGGCACCAACUACUACACUGGAUAUGCGCUGUUCUGGGGAGGAAUCACUGUCGGCAUGUGCAAUCUGAUUUGCGGUAUCUCCGUUGGUAUCAAUGGAAGUGGUGCGGCUUUGGCCGAUGCCGCUGAUGCAAGCUUGUUCGUCAAGAUCCUUGUUAUCGAGAUUUUCAGUUCCGUUCUCGGCCUCUUCGGGUUGAUUGUUGGACUGUUGAUGGCAGGGAAGGCGGCAGAUUUCGGUGCUCAAUGAGCGGUUCAAUCUUUACAAGAGACCGCACUGCAUUGAGCAAAACAGCACACAUUCUGUAUGAAUUUCGUUUUGUUUCUUUUUCUCUUGCUUUAUAUACAUCACGAGGCGUAUGGGUUGUAGAGCUUUGGGUACCUGCGAUUUGCAUGAGAUCUGAGUGGUGUACAGUAACGAACACUGGGAAUAUGGGUAAUGCUACUUGGAUCAGGUU